AUGAAUAAACAGAAAGAUGAGUUAGUUAAUAAGAGAAGAAGGUUUAAUGAAUUAACUGAAAUGAUUAAUAAUUAUCCAACAUAUGAUAAUAGUUUAAAGGAUUUAAUAACUGAGAAAUGCCAUUUAGAAAAAGAAUAUUACAAGCUUAAAGAAACUAAAAAUAUUGCAGUUAUAAGAAAUAAAGAAUCAGAAAUCAAAUUAUCAAAACUUAAAGAAAAAUUAUUUAGUAUUAAAUCAACAAUAUUGAAUAGGGAAAAAGAUUUUGAGGGGUUAUUUGAAGAGUUAAGUAAUCUUAAGUUUAUUGAUUCACAUUCAAGAAACAACCUUGAAGAAACUGUUCAGAAAAUUAAUAAAGAUAUUGAUUUCCAGAGGGGUAGAAAAGAAAUAUUUACUUAUUUUAAGGAAAAAUUAAUUGAUAAUAAGUGUGUACUUUGUAAAAAAAAUUUAUCUGAAAAAGAAGUUGUUGCAAUUAACAAUCUAUUAAACAAAAGUAUUAAAACUUUAGAAGGAGUAAUUUCUGAAAAGAUUAGUAUGCUUGAAAAUCAAAAUAAUUUAUUAAACAGUUUUUAA